CCAAGUUCCAAGCCGAGAUUCGUGUUCGCGGUCAGCAGAAAUACAGAUACCUGUCAGAUGUGUUUUGGGAAGCAAUUUCAUCUGGAAAUGUUCUCUCCUUGUAUCAAGGCCUUGGGACUAAGAAUCUGCAGUUCUAAGUCGAUUGGAACAAAGGCAAAUCUGCUCAUUGCUGCUGCUGCUGGGGCUUGUACCUCUGUUUUGACCCAACCUCUAGAUACAGCUUCAUCGAGGAUGCAAACAAGCGAGUUUGGAAAAUCUAAAGGGUUGUGGAAGACUCUAACUGAUGGUUCAUGGGGAAAUGCAUUUGAUGGCCUUGGGAUUUCUCUUUUAUUGACCUCGAAUCCUGCAAUUCAGUAUACAGUGUUUGAUCAGCUGAAACAGAACCUUCUUGAGAAAAGAACGGAAAAAUCCAACAAAGAUUCUUCCCCUGUAGUCCUCUCUGCCUUUAUGGCGUUUGUGUUAGGUGCGGUCUCCAAAAGUGCUGCCACCGUCAUCACAUAUCCUGCAAUCAGGUGCAAGGUGAUGAUUCAAGCAGCAGAUGACUCAAAGGAAAAUGAAACGAAGAAGCCCAAAAAAAGAAUCAGGAAAACGAUUCCCGGGGUAGUGUAUGCUAUUUGGAAAAAAGAAGGGAUCUUAGGCUUCUUUAAAGGCUUGCAGGCUCAGAUCUUAAAGACAGUUUUGAGCUCAGCGUUGCUACUAAUGAUCAAGGAGAAAAUCACUGCAACCACAUGGAUUCUCAUUCUAGCAAUAAGAACUCUGUUUGUCACAAAAGGUAGGUUGAAAAGUCCAUAAAGAUAGCCCUUCCGCAAGAGUCCCAAGCCCAAGCAAGAGCAAAGUCAUUUGUUUGCGAUCUAAAUCGAAAGAUUUUCGAGCAGGCAAGUAUUGUAGUCUUUCUCAUUUUAAGAACUAUUGAUAAUUUUUAGUAAAGAUCUUAUUGUAGGUCCACAUAAAGCUUCAUGUUGUUGCCAGAUUGAGUUUCUGGGCUUAGAGAUUUUUCUCUGGUUAUUGUGUAGUUUAUGUUUGUUUUCUUCAGCUGUAAUAAAAAUGGGGAUUUCUA